CACUCGAAGGCAAUGCUGAGUUGAUUAGCUUGCUGGCCAUUAGCUAGCCACUUAUUCAAGCAGUAAAAUGAACAUAAACAUGGUUUGAGAAGUGGUAAUGAAAUUCUGGGAACAAGAAGUCCGGCCAAGAUUUCAUUCUUUGCUGUCGCUCAAAGACGGAUCAUAUUCAGACUCUGGAGCACUAACGGUCAGGAGCAACGGCAGAAUUUCCCACACUUUAUCUGAGCGUCUUAGUGCGCAAGCACACGGAUUGGAACGCAGCCCUGUACCAGCAGUAAACAUGGCGACGCUCAUGCGGUACGUUGGAGGUGUGUGUACAGGACUUGAACCGACAUGGACAGUCAGAAUCAGCAGAUAUGUGAGACGCUCACCGCUGAGUGUCCGCCCCGAGUCCGAAUCCUCAGGUCUACAAGACCUGCGGGUUAAAAGCCGAGACUCCGUUCCAGUGAACGAGACUGAAAGAAGUGUCGGUCAGAAACAUGGAGACGAGGCUCGGGCUGCAUCUCUGCACUUCACACACUCACAUCCUCAGAAAACGGAGAGCAGAGAAGCUACUUUUCCUUCCAGGUUUUCACGUUUAAACCAGAUAGACGGCUUGCGGUAUGAAAAGGCCCAACCUGGUGACAAGAGACUGUCACGUUUGGUUAACUUGGCUCACUCUAAGAAGCUUCGUGAACAACAAGGCAAAAUUCUUCUGGAAGGAAGGCGUCUCAUUAGUGAAGCUCUGGAUGCGGGAGCUUCACCACAGAACAUCUUCUUCACUACUGUGGAGAGACUUCAGGAGCUUCCCCUGAACAAACUCGCACAAGCUGGCUUAAUCAGAGUCAAGCCAGAGGACAUGAGAAUCUGGUCUGAUGUUGACACACCACAAGACCUCAUAGCUGUCUUCAAACGUCCUGAAGUGUCCCAAAUGCAGUUUUCUGAGGAGAAGUUUGGGAAGGCAUUGCCGCUGACCCUUAUCUGUGAUAAUGUGCGAGACCCUGGAUACCUGGGAACAGCUUUACACUGCGCAGCUGCUGCUGGAUGCCACAGCGUGCUGCUCACUAAAGGCUGUGUUGAUAUCUGGGAGCCUAAAGUUCUUUGUGUUGCCAUGGGAGCCCACUUUCACCUACCCAUAAUUCCUAGCCUUACCUGGACUGAUAUUCAGACUCACCUUUCUGCCAACACAACUGUCCAUGUGGCUGACAACUGUAGAGGAACCACAAAGGAACCUGAAUUCUCAGCAGCACCCCAGCAACAGAAAAAAGCCAGAGACUAUGGAUGGGUCAGCAGCCGCCAUAACUCUUGGAAAAUGCAUUAUGAGGAUGAUUUUAGCUAUGGUGAAGACUAUGAGAAGGAUAGGUCGACAAGGCCGGUUUUAGAGACUCAACCUUAUCAUAUCAGAUGGGCCGGUAGGCAUACGGCCGUGGUGAUUGGUGGAGAGACUCAUGGUCUGAGCCGCGAAGCCUUGCAAUUGGCUGGUCAAACAGGGGGGCGGAGAUUGUUGAUUCCCAUGGUGCAUGGAGUGGACAGCCUGAAUUCUGCCAUGGCUACCAGUGUGUUGCUGUUUGAAGGGAGGAGACAACUGAUGCAUGUGACUGAAUAGAAGAGGACAGGGUUAAAGGAAGACUCCAGUGUUUUUAAGCUUAAUCUCCAUCUGCCACAUCUGUAUUGUAUUAUCAGUUACCCUAGACAACAAAUUUGAGCCGUUUUGCUGUAGGUGGAAAACAUAUGAAGUCAAAAUACACUGGGAGGGCUGAAGCAUUGGCUUCUGUUUAUAA